AUGGCAUCCUCCCUCUCAUCCUUUGACACCAAGACGACGGUAUCUCCGUCUCGGAUUGGGACGUUUCUGGAUGCUGUGCUUGCAGACUUCCACCCGAUCUACUUCGUCAUCAAUAUGGGGCUGGGCAUCACUAGCUCAGUGAUGUACAACUUCCCGAUCGAGCAGGUCCGCGUGGGGAUGAAAUACGUGGGUAUCGUGUAUUUUUUCAUUGAUCUCGUUGCAUUUAUCAUCAUUCACGCGCUUUUCUUCCUGCGCUACUUUGUGCUCUUCAACCGCUACGACGGAGUCUCAUUUUGGGGGCUGCUCAAAGAUCACCGGCUCAGCGUGUUCCUUGGAGCAGAGACCAUGGGACUCGGCUCGUUGAUCAACAUGAUUCAUUAUUUGAGGCCGGAAUGGUCGGUUUUCACCUACACGCUGUGGUGGAUCCAGGUAGCUCUCAGUCUGCUCUGUGCCUGGGGAGUCACCUUUUUGAUGAUGGCCGUGAACAACUUGGACGCCAGCAACCUCAACGCCACCAUCCUGCUCCCCGUGGUCACCCUGACAGUGGCCUCGUCCACCGGCUCCAUUGUGAGCGCAGAACUCGACUCUGCCAGGUGGAAGCUUUCGUCUGAGAUCGUCACAUUCAUGCUACUCAGCAACGCUCUUCUGCUUGCUUUCCCGCUCAUAUCUGUCUACUUCUACAAGCUGCUCACAUUAGGCCUGCCUUCCAAAGCCAGUAUCUACUCGUGUUUCAUCCCUAUUGGUGUGCUGGGACAGGGCGCAUUUGCUACACUGCUGAAUUUCCAGCAAUUGGCAGAGCUCCUUCAGAACGAGCCAGAGCUCAUUAAGGCCACAGCUUUGCUCAGCCAAGAGUUCCUACAAGUGGUGGCGGCACUGCUUCAGCUUGGGUCCAUCUACGUGGCCAUGUCUCUCGUCUCAAUGGGCAUCUGCAUUACCGUGAUGGCUACUUUGGGAGUCUUCAAAUAUGGCCUCAUACACAGCUGGUCAAAGACGCUCUGGGCGUCGACAUUCCCAUUGGGGACCAUGGCCGUUUCCCAGUCGGAGCUGUACACUCUAACUGGCUGGCUGGGCUUUAAAAUCACAGCCACCAUCUACUCAUUUGCAUUGAUCGCAGUCACAACGUACUGUCUGCUUAAUACCUGCAUUUUCGAAAUUCCUGUUCGAAAGCAUGACUUUUGA